AUGCCAGUUUAUCUGGAAUAUGGAAAUAAACUCAGCUGGACUUGUUAUCGGGUAACUGGGGUAUGUUUCAAGUGUGGAAAAACAGAUCACUUAGUGAGAGAUUGCCCUCAGAGAGACCGACAAAAUGGGAAUAGAACCACUACAAGUUUAGUCGGCUCAACUCCAGCUCUAACUAUAAAAAUUGCUGCAAAACCUAUCAAUACCAGAGAUAAUGCUAGACAGGGAAGAGUGUUUGCCCUCAUUCUUGGUGAUGUACAAAAUACUGAGGCUAUGGUAUCAGGUACAUUCUCUUUCGAUGGUCACUCUACUCAUGUAUUAUUUGAUUCGAGUUCUACCCAUUUAUUUGUGUCAAAAACAUUUGCUAGUCAUUUGAAUAGUCCUAUGGAACCCUUUUAUUAUGUGUUGUGUGUUUCUUCACCAUUGGGGGAUUCCAUGUUAUGUAAAUUUAUUUAUCUUGCAUGUGAGAUCUUGAUUGGGGAUGUUCAGUUAUAUGCCAAUUUGCUGUCUCUUGACAUGGCUCAUUCUGAUAUAAUUUUGGGAAUGGAUUGGCUAAGUAAAUACCAUAUGACUAUUGAGUCAGAUGUUUGUGUUGAUAAUAUUCCAACUGUCUGUGAAUUCCCGGAUGUUUUUCCAGAAGAGUUGCUAGGGGAGCUAGUGGACUGUGAAAUUGAAUUUGCAAUUGAUGUAGUGCCAAGAACUCAACCAAUUUGA